GUACACUUGAGUUCCUAAUGGACUCAUUCCCGGCGAAACGUCACCCUAGCCCGGGAUGCGCUCGCGCCAAGACUGCGGCAGCGGAGAAGAAGUGGCGGUCCGCUUAAGGAAAAAGCCACAAACUGGCUGGAGAAGUACUCUAGAUUCCCUUUUCUUUAAAUAUAUAUAAUAAAGGGGAUGGAACACGUGUUGCACAAAUCCCUGACCCAAGAUAAGAGACGCGGAGAAACAAGCACACGGAACCGAUUCGACAACGAGAAGGCACUAUGGGCGACCCGUAAAAGGCUUCGGUGGCGUGAGUGGCCAGGAAUCGCGGCAACUGAUGGCGACGCAAGCCCGAGGAAAGAAGGCCCUUCGGAGCCACGGCCACGUCGUUUUUUUGAGAAGGGGCAGAGCCAAUCAAUGUCCCCAAAUAUGGGUACCAAAAACCUGCCGGUUCCAGACGGCGCUUCACGGAACGGACUCACCGGUUGGCUUGAUGAUGGCUCAGAUCCCGGCUGCUACGAGGCUCGUUGGAAACCUUUUUCAUCCCUCUUCUACAAAUAUAUCCUUUCCAGAACGUCGGCGGUGGGUAAGCUCCUGAAUAUAAUUCCACGAUUUUCAAUAAAAAAUCGCCGUGGCCAGCGAUUGAUUCACUGCCACCCUGAAAAUAAACGUUUAUUAAAUAAAUAAAACGUUUUUAAAUCUUUGCACUUUCACCCACGUUCUUCAGGUAAUUCCUAGCCGCCCAGGAGAUUAGCUGCUUUUACUUCGACUUUCCGUUGCUACUGCCGGCUUCCAUGUUGCCUAUCCCUCCCUAUAUAGGCUUCGGCCUGUCACCCGAGUUCAGACCUAGGAACCGUUCUUUCUUCAGUGCAACGGCCGAGGCCAAGGGUAAAAACCCUUUCUCUUAAUUCCCUUAACCUAAUCCCGUUUCCUAUUCCCGGUUCGCUCUUUUGAAUCCCUGCCCCCCCUGGUCCUAAAGAUCCUACCUCUAUCGAUCUAUCGAUAGUCCUCCAGCCCAUUCCGAUUGA